UGAGCUUGGCUGAUCUCAAAAAGAAAAAAAGAAAAGAAAAAUUAAGCAGGAUCAGUUACUAUUUGGAUUGGAGGCGGCCAAGAAGUCUUCAGAUUAUAAACCUGAGUGGGAAAUUAAAAAAAAAAAAUCCCAGAAGAAGGCAUGGCCAAUUAUUUCUAUAGUGCUGCCAAGAAAAUGUGUAAUAUCCAUAAAAUCACCAGAGGGAAGGGAGUUCAAUCUCAAGGAGACUUGAUAAUCCACUUAAGGUGCAGAGCAUGGAGAAUGAUGAAUUUCCGUCAGAGGAUGGGAUGGAUUGGUGUGGGACUGUAUCUAAUAGCAAGUGCUGCAGCAUUUUAUUAUGUCUUCGAAAUCAAUGAGACUUACAGUCGACUAGCACUGGAACACAUUCAGCAGCCGCCAGAGAAAUUUAAACAAGAAAUCAGUUGGAUGCAUUCCUUAAAAACACGUCUUCUCUCUGUACCCUUUUGGCUAUGGGCCAUUAUCUUUUUAAUACCUUAUUUACAAAUGUUCUUAUUUCUUUACUCAUGUACGAGGGCUGAUCCUAAAACAGUGGGCUACUGCAUAAUUCCUAUCUGCUUGGCUGUGGUUUGCAAUCGCCAUCAAACAUUUGCAAAGGCCUCCAAUCAAAUCAGCAGACUGCAUCUUAUUGACACGUAAGGAAAUCAGUGUGGCUUGCCCUCUCCCAUUCCCCUGUGGCUGGGUUUUGAUAAGUUGGAAGACCAUUUGAAUAUCUGAAAAGAACUUGAAAUUCUUUUUGUCAACAUUAACCUCUGGACAGAACACCUACCAACCUUCUAUUUUUUUUAACAAGAUGAUUUUUAACUAUGGGGGUAUUCUAUUUGGUGAAAAGUUCUUUGAGAACAGGGGGUAACAUUCUUCAUAUUGGCCUUACAAAGCAGUUUCUACACUCCAUCUGAAGAUUUUAGAAUAAAUAUAUAUUUGAAACUCUAAUUCACUGUGCAUAUUCAAAACUUCAAGUUUCCUAUAAGCGAAUUGCUGAAAAUUGAAUUUACCUAUGUUUAUGUGUAAAUUUUGGAAUUAUUAUAAAAGUGGCAUUUGAGACAUUAUCCUUUCUCCUUUGAUGAUGUUGCACUAAAUAAAAUGGGAUUCCUU